GGCUGCUUCAGUGUUUACAGCCUGGGCUUGUUGCAUCCAGGAGGCUCACAAAGUCUCCAGCUGCCUGCAGCCCCUCACCUGUGAGGGGCCGUGGCCAGGCGGAGGCCUGUCUCCAGUGGGCUGGGGGAGAGGGCCCAUCCCCUGGAGCAGAGAGGGCAGGAACGAAGCUGCUAGCCUUGCUGCUCACUGGCUCCCAUUCAGGGAGCUGGGUGUGUGUAGGGCAGCUCCCACCACUGCAGUGGGGCUGGCAGUGCUAUGGGGCAGAGCAGCCCGGAGGUACCCUUGCUCCGGGAGGCCCUGUAGACUCUUCUCCUGGACGUGACCAGCCUGCAGCCUCCCGUGGCAGAGCUGUUGAUUCACAGCUGCUCCCACCUGCACCCUUUGGCCAGGUGCGGUGUGGAAGAGGAGGGGGGCAAUGUUACCUGGGAUUGCCCAACAUAGGGUCUAAAGGGUGCUGACCCUGGUGAUGCUGGAAGCUCCUGCCGCUGCCUUAGUCCAGCCCCAGGAGACGCACUGCCUGCCUGUGGGAUCAAGUCAUGUUGGACCUGGAGCUGCCCCUCGUCCUGCUGCUGCUGCUGGCUCCGCUGGGAGCUGGUGCUUUCCUCGAGGACCAGGCUGCCAAGAACAUCUCCCAGAAGGAGGCCGAGUUUGACAAAAGCUACACGGACUUUGUGAACAGCGAGCUACUGAACAUCUACAUCUUCAACCACACUGUGAUGAGGAACAGGACGGAGGGCGUCCGGGUGACGGUGAACGUGCUGUCUGAGCAGAGGGAGAUGCCGCUUCUCUUCGUGGUGAGGCAGAAGGAGGCGGUGGUGUCAUUUCAGGUGCCGCUGAUCCUCAGGGGCCUGUUCCAGAGGAAGUACCUGUACCAGAAUGUGAGCCGCACGCUGUGCCAGCCCCAGACCAAGAGCGAGUCGGAGACACAGUUCUUCUAUGUGGAUGUGUCCACGCUGUCCGCGAGGAACGCCUCCUACCAGCUGCGGGUCACCCGCGUAGAGAACUUCGUGCUGAGGACGAGCGAGCAGUUCAGCUUUAAUGCCACAGCAGCCCAGCCGCAGUAUUUUAAGUAUGUGUUCCCGGAGGGUGUGGACUCGGUGAUUGUGAAGGUGACCUCGCGCAUGGUCUUCCCCUGCUCCGUCGUCUCCGUCCAGGACAUCCUGUGCCCCGUCUACGACCUGGACAACAACGUGGCCUUUAUCGGGAUGUACCAGACCAUGACCAAGAAGGCAGCCAUCACGGUGCAGAAGAAGGAUUUCCCCAGCAACAGCUUCUACGUCGUGGUGGUGGUGAAAACGGAAGACGAGGCCUGUGGAGGGUCCCUGCCUUACUACCCCCUCACCAAAGAUGAACCAGUAGAUCAAGGCAGUCGGCAAAAGGCGCUGGAUGUGAUGGUAUCGCCUGCUAUUACCUCGGAGGUCUACGUCCGCGCUAUGCUCUUCUGCCUGGGGAUCUUCCUCUCCUUCUACCUGCUGACGCUGCUCAUCGCCUGCUGGGAGAGCUGGAGACAACAGAAGAAGAAAAAAGGGCUCCUGGCUGCCAUGGACACGCCCACCAUGGACACUGCGUCUUUACUGGGGUAUCCGCGCAUCACCCCGGACUCCCUCCUGGGUCACCCUCCCAACCAUGGCUACAACUAUGGCUCUUUGGAGAACAGCUCCACCCUAAGCACCGAGGGCAUCACCGAGAGCAUGGGCUCCACGGACAUCUCCUCUGGGUACACAGGGCUGUGGGGAGGGAGCGGGCUAUGCCUUGCCCGGGUGUGUGGGCCUCAGCCUGGACUGACGCUGAUGCUCCCCUGUGCCCUUGCAGAGCACACUCUGGAGAACGUGGCCAGCCGGCCCCGCCUGGACUCCCUCAGCUCCGUGGAGGAGGAUGACUACGACACGCUGGCGGACAUAGAUUCCGACAAGAACGUCAUCCGGACCAAGCAAUACCUGUACGUGGCAGACCUGGCCCGGAAGGACAAGCGUGUCCUGCGGAAGAAAUACCAGAUCUACUUCUGGAAUAUUGCCACCAUCGCUGUGUUCUACGCCCUCCCUGUCAUACAGCUGGUCAUCACCUACCAGACAGUGGUGAACGUGACAGGGAAUCAGGACAUUUGCUACUAUAACUUCCUGUGCGCCCACCCGCUGGGGAAGCUCAGCGCUUUCAACAACAUCCUCAGCAACCUGGGCUACGUGCUGCUGGGCCUUCUCUUCCUGCUCAUCACCCUGCAGAGAGAGAUCAGCUGCAACCGGGCGCUGGUGCGCAACGACAUGCAGGCCCUGGAGUGUGGCAUCCCCAAGCACUUUGGCCUGUUCUACGCCAUGGGCACGGCGCUCAUGAUGGAGGGGCUGCUCAGCGCCUGCUACCACGUCUGCCCCAACUACACCAACUUCCAGUUCGACACUUCCUUCAUGUACAUGAUCGCGGGGCUCUGCAUGCUGAAGCUGUAUCAGAAACGGCACCCGGACAUCAAUGCCAGCGCGUACAGUGCCUAUGCCUGCCUGGCCAUCGUCAUCUUCUUCUCUGUCGUUGGCGUGGUCUUUGGCAAAGGCAACAUGAUGUUCUGGAUUUUCUUCUCCAUCAUCCACAUCAUUGCCACACUGCUGCUGAGCACGCAACUCUACUACAUGGGCCGCUGGAAACUCGACUCUGGGAUACUGCGCAGAAUUGUGCACGUGCUGUACACGGAUUGCAUCCGCCAGUGCAGUGGGCCCAUGUACGUGGAUCGAAUGGUGCUGCUGGUCGUGGGCAACAUCAUCAACUGGUCGCUCGCUGCUUAUGGACUCAUCGUCCGACCCAACGACUUCGCCUCCUAUCUGCUGGCCAUCGGCAUCUGCAACCUGCUGCUCUACUUCGCUUUCUACAUUAUCAUGAAGCUCCGAAGCGGCGAGCACAUCAAGCUCAUCCCCCUGCUCUGCAUCAUUUUCACUUCCGUGGUCUGGGGCUUCGCCCUCUUCUUCUUCUUCCAGGGUCUGAGCACCUGGCAGAAAACACCAGCCGAGUCCCGGCAGCACAACAGAGAUUGCAUCCUGCUCAGCUUCUUUGAUGACCACGACAUCUGGCACUUCCUCUCCUCCAUCGCCAUGUUCGGCUCCUUCCUGGUGUUGCUGAUGCUGGAUGAUGACCUGGACUGCGUACAACGGGACAAAAUCUAUGUCUUCUAGGCCCUUUCCCGUAACACCACCUGGCCUGAGGUUUGUUAGCUGGGGCCUCCUGGAGGGGACUCCAUCCGGCCCAGGUGCUGCCUCCAGCCCUGGUCUCCGGUGUAGCAGACACGCAUGGUGGGGAGCUCACGAGGACAUGGCAAAGCAUCCCAGGUGUGGGGGCUUCUGCGGAAGUGGGACUCUUGUUCAUGCUCCCCGUCCGCCUCCUGCAUGCCAUGGUGUCGUCCAAUCCUCAGACGGCGCCUUGCCAAGCUGAGCACAUCACCUCCUUGCUUGAGCUGCCCAAGAGGCUGCAGGGCAGGCCUGACGCAUCCACCUGCCGCCACGUGUCUCGCAGAAGAGGGUGGGAAUGGUGUGAAGCCCAGUCAGACUCAGCAGAAGCUGUUGCCCCUUCCCCUGCUGGGGCUACUGGUCCUGCAGCAUCGUGGGGGUGGCUCCAGGUUCCCAGCCGGGUAAGUGGUGGGUUCUCACCGCACUGCCGUUCUCCCGUCUCUGUCCCCACCACAGUGCCAUGCCAAGACGGACUGCCAUUGGGAUCUCUGCCUAACAUGGCUGGCUCCUCCGCAGCCAGCCAGCAUCCCCGUUCAUGUUUAUCCCAUAUAGCUCUGGGACCAGCGGGGAGCAGGGAACCUCUCAGAACAAACGUCAGGCAAGUUAGAAAACGCUCCAGUACUGGCCAGGGCACAGGGGGAGCAAUGUGGCAGCCCCUGCACAGAGGAUGUUCAGCCCUCUCCCCGCUCAGGGACCGGCCUGCUUCGCUGUGCAGUUCAGUCGGUCCCCCCUCAGGCAGCUCCUCUCAGGCCUGGCUGUUUAGCGAGAACGCUGGGGCCUUGGCAUAAAUGUCCCUGUCAAGGCUUAGAACAGGCCCUUCCUCUCUGCAGGCUCCCUGGCUCCCUCCUGUCACCCCCACCCAUCAUCUGGUCCAGGGGUGGGAGCCACUGCCCCUGCCAGUCUGUAUAGCCUCCCCGCCCACUAAGCAGGGGCAGCCUAAGCCCUCCAUGGCCCUACAGUAGGGUCUGAGGCAUGGCAAAGGUGAUUCUGAAACAUUGGGCUCUCGCUGUGGUUCCAGCGCUGUUCUCGGUGUGGGCUGCUGCCCCCCGGCGCCUGACAAGCUGAGAGGUAGGCCCAGAAGGGAGUUCCCAGCCCUAGUGCCCUGGGGCUGUAGCUACCAUCCCUGCUGUCUUCACGGUUUCCUCCCCUCCACCCGGGCUAUAACCAAUGUUACAGACCAUAGGCAUGUCUGACCCACAGCCGGAAGAGGGGCUGUCCGGUCUCCAAGGAACGUGACUCUUGUAAAGGUGCUGCUGCUGCUAUCGUUCUUACAACUGUGGCCUUUCCCGAGGAGGAAGGGUGCCGUUCACACCACUUGCCAAUGUUACGCCGUCCCCGUGGGUGCAGCACAUCUAAACCCUGCCCCAGGUGGAGGCUCCUCCGAGAGGCAGGAGAGCCGCUGGGGGCAGUUGCGUUUCGGUUCUAGAAGCACAUGGGUGCAUGACUCUCUUCAGUGCCUAAUUUUUAUUAUUUUAUUUCAAUUUGGGGGGGGAUGUAUGUCCAGUCUAACUGUGUCUAGUUCCUCCCACUACUAAGGACUUGUGGGGUCUUGGGCUCCCUCUGGCUAACAUGUACUGAAUGCGGGGUGUCAAAACACAAAUCUGUGUUGAGGUUGUCAUUAAGCAACUUUCUCUGGUAGCCUGCUGGCUGUUUACAUUGCAAGUUUGAGCUUGUAUUCUACUCUUAGAAUUGUUUAGGUUUAGGCUCAAAUUUGGACUCCACUCCAGGAUUCUGUCCUCUUUGUUCUGGCCACAUAACAUAUCAGUGAUGGUUCUGUGGUGCAAGGCCCAGGAGUGCCUUGGUUACACAACGAAAGGUCAAGAAUGGUGCUUUAUCAGUCAUUACAGGGGAAGACACCCGCUUCCUACUCCCGAAGAAGGGUCAUGUCACUGAAACGUCUAUAGUUUUCUGGUUUCUUGAAUUGACUUACCAGUUACACUGUUACUAAGCCAAGUUGCACCAUGUUUUCUAAGAACGGUUUGGCUGUCACAUGAAGAGAAUUAAACAAUAAAAAAGUUGAUCUGCACUUUA